GUUUGAUAUACUUGUUACGCGUCCUCUCUUUUCCUUGUCUAAGUACUAUCUCAUCUCUAAUUCAACGCGAAUCGACUGUUAUACUUAGUUGUCAUUUGUAAUGUCAAACAGAGUUGUUUCUUUUUAUAUUUUUAAAACAGACAUACAUAAUUAGUAACGUCGAAGCCUUAAAAAUAAUCGAUAUAUUAAUAAGAAAAUGUCUCGCAAAGAAGCGAAGAAGAAGGCGCGAGCCCUAGCUAAACUCGAAGAAGAGAAACAAUUCAAUAGGGAUGCCUUCUUGAGGGAACUUAAAUUAGGCCAGUUUUCGGUCCAGAGACGGGAAAAAGAAUGGAAAAAGAUGAUGAUGAAAAUAGCUGAACCCCACAUGAAGGAAGAGCUAGAAUGGGCUUGGAUUAGCUUCGAAAGGUCCGUUGAUAAUAAAGACAUGGAAAUCGCACUAUAUUUAGAGGAAUUAAGAAAUUCCGAGAAUCAGUAUUCUAUGAACUUCAAGAAUCACUUGGAACAUCUAGAUGAGUUUAUUUCUGUAUUUUUAGGAAGAAUGGAUGAAUUGAAAACUGAAUUUAAUAAUAACAUAUCUCAUCUUGAAAAGAGCGUUGAAGAAGAUUUGGGUGGCAUAAUAGACACUUGGAAAGAAGAUGAGGAUUUUCUUAAAACCGUGUUGUAUAUGUUGGAAUUAACUAAAAAGGAUCAAAAGACAAUAAUACAAGCCGAAUUUUUUAACAAGCUCGAAGAAGAAGAAACUAAAAACACUCAACUUACGCAAAGACUUGAAGCACUUUUAGAAGAUUUGCACACAUCGAUAGAAGCGGAUACCGAAAAAUUUUUAAGAGAGUACCUUGAACAAACUAAUAAAAGAAAAUUCUACUACGAAGAAUUAAAAGCUCAAGAUGACUCACUAAGAAAAGUUCUCUCGCUGCAACUCGAAAAACUAAAUCAGAUGCACAACACUAUUAAAACACUGAAGAUGAAACUGAUGGAGGCUGAAACUUACUUAGGAAGAAAAUUAAAAGAAUUAGAAAGUGAGGCGCAAUUUUUUAACAAUGCAUAUACAAUGCUGAAGAGACGUCUGGAAAAUGAUCGACAAACAGACCAACAAAAAUUGGAAGUCCUCACUGUAAGUCAUAGCGAAACAGUGCGACAUUUAGAGAAAAUUAAACAAAAAGGUGAACACAUUCUUCACAUGGCUGCCGUAUGCCGAAAACUGGAAACUCAAGAAGAGAAAAUUCUACCGUUUCCUUGUGUGGAUAUGGAGCACCACCAUAAAAACGACGUAGAAGAAGCUGUUUAUAUUAAAAGUCUUGAUUUAUUCUGGCAGAAAGUUGGGCAAGCUGAGGCUUCUAGAAACGCUCUUAAUGAAGAACGCGCGUUCUUGCGAAAAGAAAACGAACUACUGCAAAAAGAACUGCACGAAUAUUGUCAAUGUUUAAAUUGUCCAAUGCCUCAAACUGCGGCUAAUGAAAUAUUAAAUUGGACACCUCAUGAUUCGAAAUUGUCAAAGAACGUGACAGAUGCAAAUAUCGAACUAAAAAAAUACAGCAAAUUUAAUUCAUCAUUUGGAUAAAUCUAUUUGUUUUUAAAUAUAUUUUAUUGCUAACA